CCAAAGAGAGAGAGAGCGUUGGCUGCUGGGAUUUGGCCUUAAGACCUGCAACAGACGGCAGUCCUUCGUCCGUGCCUACAAGCCUGUGCCUGUCCACUGUGUGCGGUCAAGGGGAUUGGACAUUAUUAUAAUUAUUUUUUUUCCUCUCGGUUGGGAGGGAGGGAAAGAAAGCCUCCAUCGCUACAAAUCCUGACAUCAUGACCACCAUCUUCACGUCAACGUCGUCGCAGUACGUUCUGGAACACCAGCAUCGUCGGCCGUCCCACACCGACCACCCGGAAACCUUGCACCACCAUCCGCACCCGCAUCCGCACCAGGAGCAGCACUAUGCACACGAAAAGCGUGGCUCACACGACCAGGAAGACCUUCAUCAUCAGGUCCACCAUCACCACCACCACCAUCACCAUGGUCACCAACCCCACAGAGAGAGUGAUGGGAAUGCAGGGUUUCUAAGGGCAGCCCGUGAUGGCAAUCUGCAAGAAGUCCUUGAAUACCUGAAGGGCAGUACAGACAUCAACACCAGCAACCCGAAUGGGUUGAAUGCCCUGCACCUGGCCUCAAAGGAAGGCCAUGUCAACAUUGUAACAGAGUUACUUCGAAGGGGAGCUAAUGUGGAAGCAGCCACUAAGAAGGGGAACACAGCAUUGCACAUUGCAUCACUGGCAGGCCAUGAAGAGAUCGUCAAAAUUCUGGUUGAAAAUGGGGCUCAUGUCAACCUGCAAGCCCAGGCUGGCUUCACUCCACUGUACAUGGCAGCACAGGAGGGUCAUGCUGAAGUGGUGCGGUUCCUUCUUGCCAGUGGAGCCAACCAGAGCCUUGCUACAGAGGAUGGAUUUACUCCUCUGGCAGUCGCCCUGCAACAAGGACAUGACCGAGUGGUGAGCGUGCUGCUUGAGCAUGACACAAAAGGGAAGGUGCGUCUUCCAGCUCUUCAUAUUGCUGCUAAGAAAGAUGAUGUCAAGUCAGCAGCCCUGCUACUGCAGAAUGAACAAAAUAAUGUGGACAUGCAAACAAAAAGUGGGUUCACGCCGCUCCACAUAGCAGCUCAUUAUGGAAACACCAAUGUCUGCAACCUUCUCAUCCAGCGUGGCGCAGAUGUCAACUUUAAAGCUAAGAACAAUAUUACUCCACUCCAUGUUGCUUCACGUUGGGGAAAAACCAACAUGGUGCAGCUUUUGUUAGACAACAAAGCCACCAUUGAUGAGAAAAACAAGGAUGGACUGACACCUCUGCACUGUGCUGCAAGAAGUGGCCACGAGGCUGUAGUGGACUUGCUGUUGGAGAGAGAAGCACCACACUCAGCCAAAACAAAGAAUGGACUGACUCCACUGCACAUGGCAGCUCAGGGAGACCAUGCAGACUGCGCACGCCUGCUACUGUACCACAAAGCAAAUGUCGAUGAAGUCACAGUUGACUACCUGACUCCACUACAUGUUGCGGCACACUGUGGCAAUGUCAAGACAGCAAAACUGCUGCUAGACCGCAAGUGUGAGCCCAAUGCCCGUGCUCUGAAUGGGUUCACCCCUUUGCAUAUUGCUUGCAAGAAAAAUCGCAUCAAAGUUGUGGAACUGCUGCUCAGAUAUGGAGCUUCCAUCGAUGCCACCACUGAGUCUGGCUUAACCCCUUUGCAUGUGGCUUCAUUUAUGGGUCAUAUGAACAUCGUCAUCUACCUGAUCCAGCACAAUGCCAACCCUGACACACCAACUGUGCGGGGAGAAACUUCUCUUCAUCUGGCGGCUCGGGCAAACCAGACAGACAUCAUUCGCAUUCUUCUCAGAAAUGGAGCUACAGUUGAUGCUCGUGCAAGAGAGCAGCAGACACCCUUGCACAUCGCUUCCCGUCUGGGUAAUGUGGACAAUGUGGUGCUUCUUCUGCAACAUGGGGCUGCUGCAGAUGCCACCACCAAGGACAAGUACACACCUCUUCACAUUGCGGCUAAGGAGGGCCAUGAUGAAGUGGCACAGGUGUUGCUGGAACACGGAGCCUCCCAUGAUGUUACCACAAAGAAGGGAUUCACACCUCUGCACAUUGCAGCCAAAUAUGGCAAUAUCAAAGUGGCACGUCUGCUGCUACAGAAAGAUGCAGAUCCAGAUGUGCAGGGUAAGAAUGGACUGACCCCACUUCAUGUGGCCACCCAUUACAACCAUGUCAACAUUGCCCAACUGUUGCUGGAGAAUCGUGCUAACCCUCAUGCUUCUGCCAAGAAUGGCUAUACACCACUUCAUAUUGCUGCAAAGAAGGACCAAAUGGACAUUGCAGCAACACUGUUAGAGUAUGGAGCCAAGCCAAAUGCUGAAUCCAAGAAUGGCUUCACACCUCUGCACCUUGCUGCACAAGAAGGUUACACCGACAUUGUUUCCCUUCUGUUGGAGAAGAAUGCAAAUGUCAACGCAAAGGCACAUAAUGGUCUCACUCCCAUGCACCUGGCUGCACAAGAAGACAGAGUUCCUGUGGCUGAAGUACUUGUCAAAUAUGGUUCUGAAAUUGACUCACAGACUAAGGCUGGCUACACUCCACUUCACACAGCCUGCCAUUUCGGCCAGCUAAACAUGGUUCGUUUCCUGCUGGAUCGUGGAGCAUCUGUGAGUGCCACCACAAAGGUGGGUUACACACCACUUCAUCAGUCUGCCCAACAAGGACAUGUUAUGGUGGUCAACCAGCUGCUUAAACACGGUGCUUCGCCUAAUGCUGUCACCAAUAAUGGACAAACUCCACUUGCCAUAGCUCAAAAGCUUGGGUACAUCUCGGUGGUAGACAUCUUGAAGCCAGUUACAGAAGUUCAGGAUACGCUGCCUAUGUCAGAGGAUAAAUACAAGGUGGUCUCCCCUGAAAUUAUGCAGGAACCUGUAAUAUUGGAUUCGGAUGAUGAUGAUAUAGGGAGUUCAUACUUUGGCUCAUACCGCAGCGACCAAUUCUCCUACCUUGCCUCUGGCAGGAGCCUGCAAGCUGAUGACUUCAUGCCGCAGUCACCUUUAUUUGGCAAGCCCUUGUCAGAGCAGCACGUAUAUUUACCCUAUUAUGAGGCUCACAAGAUUCAGACACACUUUCCAGGAGAAGACAGUGAUUUACUGGGUCAUGGAGGGAGUGUUUCGCCUUUAGACAUCUCGUUUGACAAGGAUAAUAUAUAUCGCUACCCAUCUUCUGAGAACCGCCAUUUGGCACACAGUGGUCGUCAAGUUAGUGAAGUCAUGCAUUACCCAUCCUACCUGGAGAGAGGCCCUGACUAUGAAGAGGAGAUGCGUUAUUACCAAGGUGACACACUAUCUCCCAAAGACAAGGAAGUGCUCAAAUCCCGUGACAGCGUGUUUGGUGAUGGCUACUCCUCGCUGGGCCGCAACUCAGUGACUCAGCCACUGCGUUCAGUUGAAGACAGCGUAGGCGACUAUGAGUAUGACGAUGAUUUGAAAUAUGUGGUGGAUGAAACCGCGCAGAAGAAGCCAGCAGAAACUCUCUUUACCGAAGAGCUCUACCCAAAGAAGGGGCGUAAGUCAGGCUCAGCACCCUUGUGGCGAGAUUCCUUUUAUAGUACAGGUUCAAUGUCUACUUUGAAUGUGGAGCCUAUACAAGCAGUGAAGUCAGUGGACACUGAGACUUCAGCAUCUUGCCUACCUGGGUCGGAGGCUGAUUUGCCAAUUGUAGCAUCCCCUUCACAGCCCACUGUCUAUGCCUCAGAGGUGAUGCCCAUAGCAACUGGUUCAUACCAGAGCAUUCCUUCUGUGGAGGUGCCAGCUGUAGCAUCGUCUUCACACCACCCUGUUGGUGCCACAGGUAUGCCGUAUGCAGAACUGGCUUCAGAUUACCAGCCAGGGGCAUCUAAUGUGAGAGAGGUAGCCGUUCCUUCCUAUGAGUCUUCCACUGCCUACAGCAUGCUGGCUAGUGCCCCAGCAAUAUCUCAACCGGCUUAUGCCUCUGAAGCCCCACAGAUGGAAUGGGCUUCAUACCAGCCAGUCCCUGCUUCUGAUAGACCAACCAUGGCUGUAGCAUCUUCUCAACCUGUAUAUGCAUCUGAAGCUCCGUACAUAAAAGCUCCAUCAGUUCAGCCACUCUCUGAAUCAAGUGUUCCAGACCAAGUUUCAUUGUUAAGGCAACCAGAUGAACUGCCUAAACAAUCACACGUGGAAUUAGAUUCGGCCCAACCUCUUGUGGGUUCCACUGUUCCGAGUCAGGCAGAAGUUUCUCAGCAGCCUUUUUAUACAUCAGAGCUACCACUGGAGAGAUCAGGUGUGCCAAGCCAGACCUCAGUUUUGCAGCAGCCUACUUAUGCAUCGGAGGCACCACUCGAGACAACAAAUUUAGUCCAGCCAGUCAGUGGCUCAGAUGUGCCAGCCAGGAUCUCAACCAUGCAUGAACCUGUACUUACAUCUGAUGUGCCGACGGUGACUCCUAUUUCUUACCAGGCUGCCAGCUCAUCAGACAUAUUAGAUGAGAUAUCAGAUGCUGAUGAGCUUGUCCCAGCAAUUGAAUUAUACCAGCCUCGUUAUAUUAAUGAUGUACCAGAGACAUUGUCAGCUUCGUCUCAUCCAGAUUCUGCAAGCGAUUCACCCCAGUGGAGCAAAGUGGUGUACGCUGGUGCGCGCACUGGCUCCAUGACUGGCAGUGUUGGUACAAACAGUGACCGCAUGCUGCCUGACGAUUCUGUGCCCAUUGAUGCUGAGUUGAUACCCACAAAACAAGAUUACAUGGAGGCACAGAUGGUGACCAAUUCCUUUUCCCAGUCAUAUGGCGCCCCCCCUCCUCGCUUGGAUGGCCGUGCACCUCCUACUGGAGACCCAAAUCGUUUCUCUUCCUACAGUGGGUCUUCCUUCAGCACAACUUUCGACCCUGACAAUGUUCCAGUAGAUCGUUCCCCAGUCUAUUCUGGCAAACUGAAGUGGAAGAGCUUCCUCAUCAGUUUCAUGGUGGACGCACGAGGCGGUGCCAUGCGUGGCUGUCGCCACUCCGGGGUGCGCAUCAUCAUCCCACCCCGCAAGUGCUCCAUGCCCACCCGGGUUACCUGCCGCCUGAUCAAGAAGGAGAAGCUGAUGAAGCCCCCUCCUAUGAGCGAAGGAGAGGGCCUGGCAGCCCGCAUCCUGGAGAUGGGACCUGUCGGCACACAGUUCCUUGGACCCAUUAUCAUUGAGGUGCCCCACUUUGCCUCACUGCGGGGCAAGGAGCGCGAGGUAGUCGUGAUGCGAAGUGACAAUGGCGAGUCCUGGUAUGAGCAUCCUCUGGCAGCCACAGAGGAGGCAGUGACAGAAGCAUUGGGUGGAUCUCUGGAAGGUCUGGACUCCUCUGGCAAUCUUGCACCCGGAGGUUCCAUGUCGUCUUUGUGGAAACUGGACCAGGAGGAAGAUCUGCAGGCCAAGCGCAUCACGCGUAUCCUGACAACUGAUUUUCCCCAGUACUUUGCUCUGGUGAGCCGUGUCAAGCAGGAGGCCAUGGUGAUUGGAAAUGAAGGUGGUGUGCUGUCCUCCACUGUUGUGCCACAGGUGCAGGCAGUGCUGCCUGAAGGCACUCUGACCAAGCCUAUUCGCGUUGGCCUUCAAGCCCAGCCAAUUGCACCUGAACUUGUUGCUAAGCUUCUUGGUAAUCGUGUGGCGGUCAGCCCCAUCGUGACGGUCGAGCCACGUCGCCGCAAGUUCCACAAACCCAUCACUCUCACCAUUCCUGUACCCAAAGCUGCUCAGAAAGGCAUGAUCAACCAGUAUGGGGCAGACCGACCCACUCUGCGCUUGCUCUACAGUCUCUCAGGCAACAACCAUUCUAGUAACAGAGCGGAUCCAAACCCCACCAGCUGGGAAGAUAUAACAGAAAACAAACCCAUCACUCUGGUCAAUGACUGUGUCUCUUUCACGACAACAGUUUCAGCGAGAUUCUGGCUGAUUGAUUGUCAGAACAUCUCUGAGGUCACCCAAAUGGCAGCUGCCCUUUAUCGGGAAGCCAUCACUGUGCCCUAUAUGGCAAAGUUUGUUGUGUUUGGAAAACGCACCUCUGUGGAGGAAGGACGACUGCGCAUGUUCUGUAUGACUGAUGACAAGGUGGACAAAACACUGGAAAAGCAGGAGAAAUUUAUGGAGAUUGCUCGGAGCCGUGAUAUAGAGGUGCUUGAAGGAAGACCACAGUACAUUGAGAUGGCUGGUAAUCUGAUACCAGUCACUAAGUCAGGUGACCAGCUGCAUGUAAAUUUCAAAGCAUUCCGAGAGAACCGCCUGCCAUGUACUUUAAAGAUUCGUGAUCCGGAUCAGGAACCUGCAGCCCGUGUAGCUUUCAUGAAGGAACCUAAAGUGGCUCGUGGAGAAGCCCCCCAAACCCCUAUCUGCAAUCUCAACAUCCGUCUACCUGACACAAUUUCGUCAAGCUCUUCUGAUGUCAGUUCAGAGACAGCUUCAGAAAUCCACAAGAGACAUUCCUUGCUUCGAGAACAGGGCAUUGUCCUCCAAGACACUGUGACAAGAAGCCAGAUGAAUCUUUCGGAUGUGGCAGACAACGUUCAAGGAGACUGGGUUAUACUAGCUCAACAGCUAGGCAUUACCAUGUCGGAGAUCAAUCGCAUCAAAACCGACUACUCAACGUUGUCUGACCAGGCUCUGGCUAUGUUGCAACUGUGGGUGCAGAAGAACCGUGAGAGAGCUACAGGCAAUGCCUUGGAAGUGGCUUUGCAAAAGAUCAAUCGGGAGGAUGUAGUGAGGAAGUGUAUGUACAAUGUGGAAGUAGUAGACGAUGAAGUUGAGGCUGCUGCUGCCCGUGUUGCCAUGGACCAGUCAGGUUUCGACACUUUCAAGGAAGAGAUUGGCAUCACGAAGGACUCCAUGAAGCGAGGCAUGUCCUUGGAUGUCCAGUAUGAUGAGCAGGACAUGAUCAAGAAUCUAGAAGAUAUCAAGGAAUCUGAAUCAGCUGCAGAAGAGUCCAGUCCAGGCAGUGAACGGGGGUCAUUUGAUCGAGGACCUGCGCCUCAGGCUGUCACUGAAGUGUCCACCUCUCCUGCCAACUCUGUUGAGGAGGAGGCUAUUUCGCCGGAGGUGGACCCUAGGAGACCAGUGGCAAAAGCCUUUACACCAGUUGAAUCAGAAGAGUCUGUGCAAAGAAAGAAAGAGGCCUUCCUCAUUCUGGCCCAAGAUUUGGAUAGGCUUGCUGAUGAGCGAGAACAGCAGUUGCAGAGGGGAGAAUCCGAUGAUCAAGAGUCAGUCAAGGAGGAGGAGAUCGUCAAAUCAGCUAAGGUCAGUCAAGAGGAAUCCAUCACAGAGCCAUCCCAUGAAGAGUACAGACAAGAACAGACAGAGGAAUAUCAGGAAGAGAGCACUGAAGAAUACACAGAAAUUAUAGAAACUUUCCAAACAUCUGAGGACGGAGGAAAGACAUGGAAAAAAUAUAAAAAAAUCAUUCGAAUCUCAGCAGAGGGUACCUCAGAAAGUGUUGAACCGAUUGAAGAAGUACCCCAAGCAACAAGCUUUGCAGAAGAAGCAGCCACUCGACUGGCAUACCAAACAUCGGUUGACCAGACAGACCAGGAAGAAAGUGAUUUAUGGUACAGAUGUAACCUAAAAUCUAGUGCUCAAGGCACACCACUCAGCCACGAUGCUAUUCUACCAGUACGGGCCGAUAUUACUCAUUGGCAGCCUCCAGAAGGUGGAUCUCUGUCUGACCAAGGGCAGAGUCCUAUGUCGGAGGGCUCUUACCAAGAGGAACCAUCGCCUGUACCGGAGCCUACGCUGCCAGCAGACUUUGAGAUUGAUGAGGAUCACUAUGAGGAUUUUCAGGUGGAAGAGUAUGGCCUUAAAGCAGAAUCUGGAGAUGAGAAUUUCGUAGAUCACGUGGAAGAAACGACGACUGUGGUCAAGGCAAAGUUGCCUCGGGAGGAGACCCCGGAAAGGGAGACUGGUUUCAAAAUCACUUUUGGUGACUUAUCGCCUGCAGCAGAUGCUGUCCGCACUAGCUUCUUCAAGCCAGGCAAGGAAGAGGAGGAGGGUCUGCCUGGAGAACAAGGUGAUGAAGUUUUUGACCCCACUAUCCCAGAGGGGCAAACUCGUUUCGAAGAGACACUCCCCGACGGGAGAAAGGUGAGUCACAAGAAGACGCGAACGACGAUGGAGAUGACGGAUCAAGGGGAUGAGCGCGAUGAGGUGGAGGAAAAAGACGAAGAGGAGAUAUUGCCGGACGGCACGGUGCACCACAAACACAUCGUUUCGCACCACCGACUGAAGCACAUCAUCCGCUCUGUGCCUUCUGAGUCGGGUGAGGAGGAGAUCGUGGAGGAGGAUGAGGAAGUGCCGGGCAGCGCCAAGUCGGAAGUGCUGGAGAUGUUCGAGGAGCCACCCCACCGCGUGCAGGAGACUGAGGAUAUCGAGGAGAUCCUGCCGGACGGAACCAAGGUCACGCGCCACGUGGUGAUGAGCCGCAUGGUGCACAAGCUGAAGACACACCAUGAGUCCUUUGACAACGACCACGGCAAAGUGGUAGAGGAGUACGAAAUUGAAGAGGUCGUGCCCGGCACGGAGUCGGCCUUCGUGGCCGGCCUGGACUCGGACUACGAAGAGGAGCUAGAGCGCCGCCGCCAGGCCACUGUGGGCGAGCUGGAGGAAGUGCUGGACGACGGCACGGUAGUGACGAGGAGCCUGACGAGCAGCGAGACGUCGUCGCGUGUUCGCUCACGCUCGGGCUCGGUGGAAAAGAUGCAGGAGCACACCCUCGUGACGGAGGAGAGGGUCAGCCCCAGCCCCCGAUCGGGCUCCCCACAGACCGUAGCCUACGAUCACGGCAGCUCGGUGGAUGACGCCGGCGGCGACAAGUACAGCUACAGCGGGAAGCCCGUGCAACAGGCCACGCUUCGCACGAGCCGCUUCGAGGAGACGAGCAGCGGCGGGGUAGUGGAGAGCACAGAGGAGAUCGUAGAGGACAUGCUGUCUCGCGGCAUCCUGCAGGCGGAAGAAGACACGGAAGUACCACGGGAACUGGACGAGACUGGCCUUGUCAAACGACUCGUCACCAAAGUCACGUAUAGUCCUGGUGGUCUUGAGGGUGCAACAGCAGGUAGCAGAGAGGCAGACAAUGAUACGCCUGUCAUUACUAUCACUGAGGAUCUCAGCACGCCCCCUGACGAGGAUGAGGACGUGCCUUCAUAUUUCGGAAUUAAAUAUGAGGCGUCCUCGGAAGUUGAGCUGCAAGAGGAGGAAUCCUAUCAAGAAGAAGAAACAGGAGUGGCUUCAGCCUCUAUUGGAGCAGAGGCAAGGAUAUCAGACCUUACAGAUCAUGGGGAAGACAAAAUGAGCUCAUCAAGUUCUGAGGUGGCUCAGCUGGAAGAUGUUCUUGACCAAGAUGCAGAAAUACGUGAGACAAGCGAGGAGAAAACGGAGGAGACAGAUGUGGAGGAGCAGUUCUCUCCUCUCUCCAAGGGCUCUCCUUCCAAGCAUGCUGUUUUUUCCUUUAGUGAAACCUCUGAGCUACACUCACACACGCAGUCUCUCCAAGCAGAGUCCACUUCUGAAAGUAGUUCAGCUUUCCUAUCUAAGGAUCUAUCAGAAUCUGAAUACAGACACCAAAAAACAGGGACUGCCUUACAAAGAAAACUUAUAUUUGCCACAGAAUCCUUUGAGCAAUAUGAAGAAGAAUAUGCUGUACAAACUCAUAUUGUAGAGCAUGUGACAAGACCUACUGAAGUGAUUGAGGACCUUACUGCCACAACAGUAAGUAGUUCAGCAGAAACUGUUGCCCAUGAUACACUAAGCCCAACACAGCUAGAAACAGGUGAAGAUAAGCAACGUUUCUUAACCCAGGAUGAGCAGAAACAUGAACAGGAUGUGGAUAUAGAUGAAGAAGUGCUUGGCAUGACAGGGCUCUCAGAGGAGGAAAAAUCAGAAAGGCUUGCAUACUUAGCCUUUGACAACAUGGGCUUCACUGAGGAGGAUACAUCCCAACAGCUUCAGAUAUCUCAAACACAGCUAGUAGAGGAAGAAACCCAUGAAAUUUCACCUGAGGACUUAAAAGAAACAUCACAUACGUUUGAGUUCCAGCGUGACUAUAAAGUAGAGGUGGAAGUUCAAAAACAAUAUGAAGUAGCACAAACAGAAAUGUCGGAGGAAGACAUUGAAGCUGAGGAGUACGUUGAUGAAGAAGAGUUCGGAAAGACUGAAGGUGAUAUGAUUCUUACAUAUGAAGAGAAUGCAGAAGAUUCUGAGACAUACUUUAUUGAAGUAGAAGAGAAGGAAUCAGAUGAAGGUGCAGCAUCACAUGAACCAUUCAGAGAGGAAUCUCAAAUUUACUCCACCCAGGUGGAGGAUAAGACUGUUUCAGAUGAGGUUCUGGAAUCAAUCGAAGCAGCUUCAGAAGAUUCUAGAACAUACUUUGCAGAUGAUGAAGAAGGGAGGAUAGCAAAAGGUGAGGGUGUGACAUUUACAGAAGUACAACAGGAUAAUGUCAUGACAUUUACAAAGGUAAAAGCAGAUUUAGAGACUUCUUUCACCGAAGCUGAGGUCCCUUCAGACAUUCUCAUGGUACAUGAUAGUCAGAUAGAGGAGAUGGCAUCACCAUCAGAACCCGCGACUAGAGUCGUUAGGGAGAUGUCAUCAGAAAGCAGUAGCUCUGAUAACGAUGUCCAAGUGUUUGACGAGACUUCUGGUACCUAUGUACGUAUGCCUUGGGAAAUAGCCCAUCAGUACAGGCGACAGUUCUCAGAGCCAUUCAUAGAACAAGAAAAGCUGGUCUCGUCAUUUCAUCAAGUAAAGUCAAUAGAUAUGGGUUCCUUUUACAGAAGAGAGGAGGAUGACCCAGAUUAUCCCGAUGUAACGUUUACUCAAGAUAAAACAGAGGUUUGCGUGGAAGAAAAAUCUGUAAGAAAAGUUACUUUUGGCGUGGAAUUUUCUGUGACUCAUGAAUACAGGGAGUACGGAGAUGGGAAGACGAAGAAAGGGCAGAGGCGGAAGAGAGUCCCAAAAUUGAAAAGGUCCUUGAACCGCAUGACCAGAUCGAAGACGCGUACGAGAAAGAGGUGAUCACAACUGUCAUUGAAAGCCGCCAGCAUGUC